CCAGCUCUCCCCGAGCGCCCAGAGCCGCGGCCGGAGCCGGACCGAGCGGCUGUGCCCGGACACAGCUCCCGUGCAGCCCCGGGGGCCGCGCUCGGGGCUGCGCCGCCUCCGCCACACGCGCUCCCGGAGCGUGCGGGGACCAUCGCGGGGGCACCACGAUGCCUUCGCCGGCGCUUCUCCUCGUCCUGCUGCUGCUGCUGCUGGCCCCGGGGGCCGCGGGGAUGCGAAGCGGGGCUGGGACCGGCAGCCCCCACCGUGGCCAGGGUGUGGAGGGAGGCAGGACCCUGCCCACGGUCUCCCAGGACAUCCCGGAGGUGCAGGUGAUGAGAGAGAGGCCGCGCCGGGGGACGGAGGAGGACUCCAAGUCGGUGCAGCAGUACGUGCCGGGGGUGCGGGUGGAGUUCCCGCGGCCCCUCAACUCCGCCAGCCUGCACCCGACCAGGGCCCUGCUGCCAUCCAGCACAGACCCCUCGGAGCAGCAACCGGGGGUCCCCACGGACAGGGACAGGCUAGAGCCCCGAGCCAACCUCACCACCGUGUCCGACAAGCGGCUGCAAAUCCACAACCCCUUGUACCCGGUGACCGAGAGCUCCUACAGCGCCUACGCCGUGAUGUUCCUGUCCCUCAUCGUCUUUGCCGUGGGCAUCAUCGGAAAUCUCUCCGUGAUGUGCAUCGUGUGGCACAACUACUACAUGAAGAGUGCCUGGAACUCCAUCCUGGCCAGCCUGGCUUUCUGGGACUUCCUCAUCCUCUUCUUCUGCCUGCCUGUGGUCAUCUUCAACGAGAUCACCAAGAGGAGGCUGCUGGGGGACGUGUCCUGUCGCAUUGUGCCCUUCAUGGAGGUAUCGUCGCUGGGAGUCACCACCUUCAGCCUCUGCGCCCUGGGCAUCGACAGGUUCCAUGCAGCCACCAGCCCCCAGGCCAGCACCCGGCCCAUCGAGCAGUGCCAGUCCAUCAUUGCCAAGCUGGCUGUCAUCUGGGUGGGCUCCAUGACACUGUCGGUGCCAGAGAUCCUGCUCUGGCAGCUGGCGCAGGACACGUCACCCGUGAACGGUGUGGUGACGGAGUACUGCACCAUGAAGCCCUCGUCCAACCUGCCCGAGUCUGUCUACUCGCUGGUGCUCACCUACCAGAACGCUCGGAUGUGGUGGUACUUCGGCUGCUACUUCUGCCUGCCCAUCCUCUUCACCAUCAGCUGCCAGCUGGUGACCCGCCGCAUCCGCGGCACCGAGAAGGGCGAGUGCCGGGGCACCAAGCACGGCCAGUGCGAGAGUCACCUCAACUGCACCAUCAUCGCCCUGACCGUCAUCUACGGGCUCUGCACCACCCCCGAGAACGUCUGCAACAUCGUGGUGGCCUACAUGUCCCCCGACAUGUCCAAGCAGACCUUGGACCUACUCAACCUCAUCAACCAGUUCUUCCUGUUCUUCAAGUGCUCGGUGACACCCGUCCUGCUCUUGUGCCUCUGUCGUCCCCUGGGCCAGGCCUUCAUGGACUGCUGCUGCUGCUGCUGCGAGGGCUGCGGCCCCGACACCGCCUCCAGCGAGGGCAGUGCCGACAGCAAGCUCAAAACCGAGAUGUCCUCCUCCAUCUUCUUCGACAAGCCCCGGGAGACACCCCCCCCGCUCCUGGCCCUCGGCACCCCAUGCUAAAGUGCCACCGGGGAGCUGUAGAGAUCGUUCCACCACCUCCUCCCAAGACCAAACAUUGUUUUGCCAUUAGUGCCCGUGUCUGGAUUGUGGAAUAAGCAGAAGAGACGGCUCAGGGGGCUGUGUCGUGGGCUCCAAACCCAGCAUUGGGCAGGUGGAGCUUGAAACCCUGUGGCUACAUCGGUGACCUUCUUGCCUCUGCCCAAAGGCCAGUGAGGACAUCAGCACCCUCCCGUCCCGGCUGCCCAGCUGGGCUCUGUGGGGUUGCUGCUCUGGAGAUGGAAUUGUGCCGGAAAGGUCCCAUCUGAAACCACGGAGGGUGGCCACGGUGGCUCGCAGAGGACACAGCAAACACAAACUGCCCUCGUCCUGUCCCCUCCCCUCCUGCCAGCCCCUCCACAGUAGGAGAAGGUCCCAGUGACUGUAUCCCAUGGAUCCAAGCCGUGCCCUGUAUGAGCUCAAUAAACCAGUAACCUAGA